AUGGUUACUCUCCGUUCCAGGAACGUUACUACGGCUUUGAAAAUGGCAAGCGAAGGGAAAACGAAGAAAGAUGCAUCUGUCGAUUCGCCGACUUCUGUUCUCAACGAAGAGGAAAACUGUGAUGAGAAAACUAUUACUGCUGCUGAGGAAGAGAUACUCUUAGCCAAAAAUGCAUGUCUUAUUUCUGAAACCAUUGCUCAAGAGGAAGAGCAGCUGCUCAAAAUCCGGGAAGAUGAAGAGAAAGCAAACUGUGAUGUGCCCGAGGAGCCUCUUGAGCCUCUUACUAAGGACAAGUUAAGUAAGCUGGAUGAGCUCUUGAAAACAACCGAGGUUUUCUCUGAGUAUCUCCUUGAGCGAAUUGAGUACAGCACAAAAAAUGGGGGAAAGCCUGAGAGCGAAAAAGAAGACCCUGAGAGCGAAAUUGCCGAGCCUGAGAGCGAAAAAGCCGAGCCCGUGAGCGAAAAUGCUGAGCCCCAGAAGAGUGGACGAGGACGCAAAAGAAAGGCUGCUCCUCAGUACAACAAUACUAAGGCGAAGAGAGCUGUUGCUGCUAUGGUUUUGAGAUCUAAGGAAGGUGAUGAAACUCCAGACUCAGAUCUGACAGAGGAAGAAAGAGUCAUGAAAGAGCAGAGAGAACUGGUUCCUCUUCUGACUGGUGGGAAGUUAAAGUCUUAUCAGCUCUAUGGUGUUAAAUGGCUAAUAUCAGUGUGGCAAAAUGGUGUGAAUGGAAUCUUAGCUGAUCAAAUGGGACUUGGAAAGACAAUUCAGACGAUUGGUUUCCUAUCACAUCUGAAAGAAAAGGGGGUGCAUGGUCCAUAUCUAGUAAUUGCUCCACUGUCUACUCUUUCAAAUUGGAUGAAUGAGAUCGCUAGGUUCACUCCUUCAGUCAACUCCAUCAUUUACCAUGGAGACAAGAAACAGAGGGAUGCAAUUAGGCGUAAGCAUAUGCCUAAAACCGUUGGUCCCAAGUUCCCCAUUGUCAUCACUUCUUAUGAGGUGGCUAUGAAUGAUGCGAGAAAGAAUCUGCGUCAAUAUCAAUGGAAGUAUGUUGUCAUUGAUGAGGGCCAUAGGUUGAAAAAUCACAAGUGCAAGUUGAUUCGAGAGCUUAAAUAUUUGCAGAUGGAGAACAAGCUUUUGCUGACGGGAACCCCUCUUCAAAACAACUUGUCUGAGCUUUGGUCACUGAUGCAUUUUAUUCUGCCUGACAUAUUUACAUCACAUGAUGAAUUUCUAUCAUGGUUCUUGCGAAACUUCAUGGCAUACUACGACCAUUCAUCCUCCGAAGAAUGA